CUUUCGCUGAUGCAAGCAAAUUAUCGCAUUGUUGUACAAGUGGUAAGAGACAUUUUGAGCAGUCAUCAUCGUGUACGGAAAUAAAGCUUAAUGAAACGGCAAAUACCUGUAUCCUGACGGCAUCGAUAUGCUGCAUGGAUACAUUACUGGAGCACAACUGUAAUCAUGGUAUGAAAAUGGCUGAAAGAGAAGAUCAAUGCUUACUGAAUACUGAUCAAGUUGGCGGAGGAAUCCGUAAGGAAUGUUGUGAAUGCUGCCUCUUGGCCAAGGAACUAUCACGAAAUGAUAAAAGCUGUAUAGCACCAAAUGGUUUUGGUGCAGCAUGUUUACGGUCCUUUCAUCAGUGCUGCCCUGAAGACGCAGUAUCAAAACAUGUUUCAAAGCAUCACCGUUAUGAAAGUCAUUCGGAUUUGACGGAUCUUCUGAGUGUCGGAAAUCGUUGUGCAUCUGCUAAAUGUAAACAUCUGUGUACGGAUCGAGGAGGUGCCACUGUGGAAUGUUCCUGCCGUACCGGUUAUGAAUUAGGAUCGGAUGGUUACUCUUGUAUCGACAUAAACGAAUGCGAUACACGGGAUUCGGUGUGCCUACUGCCUAAUUCGUUAUGUCUCAAUACACCUGGAUCGUUCUCCUGCGUCUGCUUACCGGGCUUCUACUGGAGUGUUGUCGGCUCCGUUUGUGUAGAUAUUGAUGAAUGCUUACUACUAGCGGAUGAUUGUUCGGAAAGUCAACGUUGCUUGAAUACCCCUGGCUCAUUCAAGUGCAUACGAACAUUAUCCUGUGGUACCGGAUAUGCGUUGAAUAGCGAUACCGAACAAUGCAUUGAUGUGGAUGAAUGCAAUCUUGGUUCUCAUGAUUGUGGACCGCUAUAUCAAUGUCGUAAUACGCAAGGCAGCUAUCGUUGUGACCCGAAAAAGUGUGCCGAAGGUGAACUGAUGAAUCCACGUACCGGUGAAUGCACAAGUAUUGACUGUCCCAUUGGUUAUAAACCAAUUCAUGGUCGUUGCGAAGAUGUUAACGAAUGCGAGACAGCGGGACGAUGCGCGUUAUUUGAAGAGUGCAUCAACACUCCCGGAUCAUUUCUUUGUCAGGAACGAGGAAAUCUAUGUGCAAAUGGUUACCGCAUGGAUCGAGAUACUGGAUUCUGUGUUGACAUCAAUGAAUGCUCCGAUGGGACUCAUUUCUGUGGUGACAAACAGUGCAUCAACCUGUUGGGUAGCUACAAAUGUCGUUGUUCAGCCGGUUUCGAAUUCAAUGAUACGACGAAACGUUGCGAAGACGUGGAUGAAUGCAAAAAGUUUGCGGGACACGUUUGCUCGUUGCAUGCGACUUGCGAGAAUACGUAUGGAUCAUUCAAAUGUCAUUGCAAAGAUGGGUUCCAUAUUGCCAAAGAUGCGCGAAACUGUGAAGACAUUGAUGAAUGUAGUCUUGGCACAGCAAACUGUGCGCAGAAGUGUAUCAAUAUACCAGGGAGUUAUCAGUGCAUUUGUGAGCACGGUUAUCGCCUUGGUACUGAUGGAAUUACCUGCGAAGAUAUUGAUGAAUGUACUCUUUGGGCCGGUUCAGAUGAUGACCUCUGUAUGGGCAGCUGCAUUAACACUCCAGGUUCCUACAGAUGUCAGUGUCCUGCUGGUUACGAAAUACAAGAAGAUGGCCGAACAUGUAAAGAUAUUGAUGAAUGCGCCAAAGGUGAAUGCCAAGGGAGCGAUCAGAUUUGUGUAAAUACAUUGGGAAGCUUUAAAUGCCAUGUAAUACGUUGCCCAUCGAAUUAUGUUCACGACAAAAAUUAUAAAAAUCGCUGUAACCGACUAAGCCAUUUAUGCGAGUCAUUAACUGAAGAAGCGUGUAAAAAUUAUGCGAUACGCAUAAGUUGGGAGUUUACAUCCAUACCAAGGCAAGAACCAAUUUCAUCUAGACGAACUUCCAUCACACUCUUUACUGUUCGUGGUCCAACGUCACCUUCAAGCAGUGUUCAGUUCGAGUUGAAGUUGAAAAGCGCUACACCAGAAAAAUUCUAUGUGUUACCAGCAGUUCGAAGUAAUUUUCUCUUGCAAAAAAGUGAAGAAAAAAAUGGAGCAAUAAUUGCUCUGAGAGAUUCACUGGAUGGACCGCAGGAGGUCAUUUUAGAGCUUAUUCUAAGACUUAGUAUUGACGGUGUAUUUCAGAGUAAAUAUAUCGCUAAUUUAGUGAUCUAUGUUGCUCCACACCGCAGACAACGAACAGCUCCUUUUUCUGAAAGUCUAACUCCAUAA